AAUGCAGGAGUGAUUCUGUAUUAAAUGAUUCAUUCUUGUUCAUUUUCAGUGGGUGGAGAAUCGUCUAGUCCACAUUCUCCAGUGUCGGUUCCUGUAGCAGAACUGAGGCUGGUGCUGCUGGGGAGGACAGGGUCUGGGAAGACUGCAGCAGGAAACACCAUCCUGGGCAGAGAGGAGAGGAACCAGGCUGAUACAUCUACAGAUACAUCUACAUCCACCCAGCAGAGUGAGAGCACACAGGGGGAGGUGGCUGGGAGGAAGGUGACUGUGGUGGACACUCCUGACUGGUUCUCUCCUGGACUCUCUCUGGAGAAGCUGAGACAGGACGUGGGACACUGUGUCCGUCUGUCUGCUCCAGGACCCCACGCCUUCCUCCUGGUCAUACCUGUAAAGCAGCCUACAGGAGAGGAGAGAGGGACGCUGGAGAAAAUGGAGGAGAUGUUUGGAGAGGGAUGUUGGAGAAACACCAUGAUCAUAUUCAGUGUUACUGAUGAGCUUCAGAAGAAGAACAUUGAGGAGUUUAUCCAGGCAGGAAACCAGGAGGUCCUGAGAUUUGUAGAGAAAUGUGGGAACAGGUUUCACUGUCUCAACAUUGAGGAGAGUGGAGAUGGUUCUCAGGUCUCAGAGCUGCUGGAGAAGAUCGAGAAGAUGGUGGAAGGAAGCAGAGAGAAAUUCUACAGCAGUGAGAUCUACCUGGAGACAGAAUCUCAGAUUAGAGCAAUGGAGACAAAGAUCCUGAAGGAAAGAGAAGAGAAAAGGAUCAGAGAGGAGAUGGAACUGAAGGAAAAAAUAAAAAAGGAGGUGCAGGACUCUCUGAGAAAGAUAGAGGGAGUGAUCCAGGAGCAUGAAGGAGACAUCAGACAACUUAAUGACCAAAUAUCUGAACUGGAGAGAAAGAUGAAAGAAGAGAAGCAUGAGGAGAAAAAGAGAGAACUUGAGAAGGAGCUGAAACGAGAGGUAGAGCGAAGGACAGAUAUGGAAGGAAAGGUGAAGAAACUGAAAGAAAGAGAGAGAGGGAGAGGAGAGAGAUGGAGGAGAGGCACCAACAGGAGAUGGAGGAGAUCAGGGAAGUCUAUGAAGGAGAGGUCAGGAUGGAGGCAGAGAGAAACCUCAUGAAGAUCAUCCUGCCUGAACUCCAGAGAAACAUUUUGGCCUCAAAAAUGAAGAUGCAGGAAGAGUUCAACAGACAGAUGGAGGAGAAGAACAGAGAGCUGGAGAGUUUUAAACAGAGACUUUCAGAGCUCACAGAGAC